CUUUAUCAGCUGCUCAUCCGGUGUUUGUUUCUGUCGGUCUGACUCCGCUGUCAACACGGGCUUCCUCUGACAACGGUCACAUCCCCUCGCUGAGCUCAGAGACGCCGAGAAUCGGAGACAGCAUGGAGGACAGCCAGACUUAUGCGAAUGUUCAGCUCGUCAAACCAGACUCACGGUUUCCAACGAGAACUGAACCUGAUGUAUCGGACGCGGAACCGAAUAUCAAAUGCCUCUCCGUUCCCCGGACAGAUGAAGACCGUCUGACCUCCACCUACUCAGAGCUGAACUUUGGGAAAGACGAAACCCUCAUCGAUGAGGAUGAGGAUCCCCCCGUUGCCUCGGGACCCGGCGAACUGCGAGUCACUGCACGAACAGACGGUGUCACAUCCACCUACUCAAUGCUGAACCUUCGGAAAGACGAAAUUCUCAUCGAUGAUUAUGAAGAUCCUCCCAUUACCUCGGCACCCGCCGAAAUGCCAGUGACUGCACAAGGAGGUGCGCACGAACAGGAGCCGAAAGAGAACAUCGGAAAUAGACCGUACCGUAAGAUCUACCUACUCUGCCUAGUUACGUCUAUCCUCGUCGUGAUUGUGGCCGGGCUCUCGAUCCAUGUGUCACAGAUUCGUCAGUCUAUGAUCACCUCUGACCGAAACUACCAUGAGUUAACUUCCCACCUGAAUCUGUCCCAGAGAACCUGUCUCAAGAAUCUAUCUGCGCUCAACUCUGAUCUGUCCAUUCUCAAACGAAUGCACACUGAUCUCCAUCACCAGUUCACUGAGACGGAAACGAAGUUCAGAUCUGUCAACGAAACCAAGGCUCAAAUCUGUGAAUUGUUGACCAGCAGAAGAGAGCAAGCAUUUCCCCAGGACUGGAUUAGAAAUGAAGACCGGUGUUAUUUUAUAUCCACGAUUGAAAGAUCCUACGAUGAGGCAAAGCAGCAUUGUUGGAACUCUGACUCAAAUCUUCUUGAAAUAAACUCAACAGAGGAAGAGAAUUUUGUUAACAAAGCUGUGCAUGACCAACGCAGUUCAUACUGGAUUGGAAGAUGCAAAGCACGGGACGUGGCCUCUCAUGUCGUGUACCAGAUGAGAGUUGGAAAGUACGUAUGCGAUGAAUGUAAAUGGUACAGCCAGCUUUACCCUUGCAGUCAUGAUCAUCAUCGCUUCAUCUGCGAGACGUCUGCAGCUUGGUGCCCGGACAUUUCUAAUAAGAUCCAGGAACUUUGUCAGCAGCCAGUGGGGCCGACGUGAAUCAAAUGACAACACCCUCUUUCACUCUCCUUCUCCCCCGCUCCUCUUACCGAUUUGCACUACCCCAUUCGCGCUGCCCCUCACCCUUUCCCUAUUCUCCUCUUUCUUUCUGUCGCACUCUGGCUCGCCAUCUCUCCCUCUCUUUACCAUUCCCCCUCAAAUCUCUCUCUCUCACACACCUCUCCCCGCCCACUUCUUCUAACUCAUCCGCAUUUUCCUCAGCCCCGCGUUCUUGCCUCCCUUUCCCCCCAGCUCCUCCCCAUCAGUUCCCUCUCUCUCUCGCUCGAUCCUUUACUCCCUCUCUGUCGCACUCUCCCUGUAAUCUGAUCCCACUCCAUCUUCAUUUUCUCUUUUCAGCUACUCUCACCUAAAUCAUGAUUCCUAAUGUUCUCAAUUCCCCAGCCCUGGAGAAAUAGAGUGCCUUAUCUGUGCCCCUCGUGGUUUGAUACACCUCUCUAAGGUCACAGAAUAAAGCUUAACAAUUCCCGACCUCGCUCCAUAGCUCAGUCCUUCGUGUCCCGGCAGCAUCCUCGAAAAUCUCCCACUGUAGAUCUUUCCAGCUCAGCGGCAUCUUUCGCAGAGCAGGGCGACCAGAACUGAACACCGUACUCCAAGUGCGGCCUAACCGACGUCUUGUACAACUGCAACGUGACCUCCGACUCCCGUACUCAGUGUCCUGACUGAUGACGGCCAGCGUGUCAAAUGUCCUGUCCACCUAUAUCCCGUGUUUUCGCCCUAUUAUCUGUGACUUAUACCACAUGAGAUUUGUUCUUCUGAAUGAUCGGUAGGGCGCAAAUAUGUAAAAUUAAUGUGAAAUGCCAAAAUAUAAUAAAUACCGGAAAAAACGUCGUGGGGGUGCUCAUGCGUUCAAGAAUAUGAUGGAGGAGGGGAAGAAGGUGUUCCUGAAUCGUUGAGUUUUUAGACUCUUAUGCCUCGAUGGCACAGGAU